ACCACUAACUGCACCUUCGUCUACGUGUUCCUCCUUCUCACCACUUUUAUUCCCCCUUUUUUUAUUUUUCAAUUUUUUUUCUAGAAAUUAAUAUCGCCCCCAAAAAAGAUCUCCCUUCCGCUUCCAGUUCCCCAUCUCUCAUUUUUCUCUCAUCCCUAAUCCCUCAGAGAUGGUUCCGAUGGUGCUGACUCAGCUCGCCACCGGCCUCAGCGUCCUCGCCGGCGCCGUUUUGGUCAAAUCGGUGAUGGACCAGAAGCCCAUGGCCGGGCCCUUCCCCCGCUGCCCCUCCUGCAACGGCACCGGCCGUGUCGCCUGCCUCUGUUCCCGCUGGUCCGACGGCGACGUCGGCUGCCGGACCUGCUCCGGCUCCGGUCGCAUGUUCUGUAGCAGCUGCGGCGGAACGGGUACGGGUCGCCCCAUCCCGGCCCAACUCUCCGUUCGCCGUACCAACCACCCCUCUUCCUCCUGAUUCCUUCUCUGCUCACUCACUACUGUAAUAUCAUCUAUUCCCUCCAUUAAUUCUUAAUUUAGAAAAAAAAAGGACUGUAAUUUUCCUCUCUUCACAAAAUUAGUAGCUCUGGAAAUUGGAGUUGUUGAGUUACAACGAUUCAUAUAGAAAUGGAUACUUUUCUUUAAUUAUAGCAAUUAUUCUUUCUGUA